UGAGAGCGCGCUGUAGCUCGCCCUUUACAUCACAUUAGCACCCCUCCCGAGUCCCUCUAAAUGAGCUAGGAUGCAACAUUACAUGUCAAUAUUGCUAUACCGUUUCUAAAUCCGGCAUAAUCAUCGUUUCGAGAGAGAGUAAGUGAGAGGCAGAAAGAAAGGGGAGAGAGAAAGGGAGAGAGAAAGAGAGAGCGACUGAGUUUUGGGAGCAGCAGCAGCAGAAAGCACUAGGAGAUAUUGUGCGCGUGCUGGCAGACCUGCCUCUUGAUGGUUCUCUAGUGCAGAGGGAAAGUUGAAGCAGCUGGAAUUUUACCAUACUGCUGGUAGACACGCGCCAUUGGGGGUAUUUUUACUGAAAUAUUGAGGAUAUAAAGAAGCCUGGAUAUCUGUGACGAUAAUGGUGGAAAUGUCAUCUCUGACCAUCGCUUUUAUUCUCACGGUGCUCGGCAUCUUCAGUGCUGCGCUGGCGGCCAGUCACUACAACUGUGAUGGCCCUUUGGUAUCAAAUCUGCUCCAUGCCGCCUUUGAGAGCUCUUCACAAUCCUCCGCCAAUAACGCUCCACACUUUGCUAAACUCAACAGAAGAGAUGGAGCAGGAGGCUGGUCUCCCCAGGCGACAGACAGACAGCCGUGGAUUCAGCUGGACCUCCGGAACAGAAUGGAGGUGACGGCCAUCGCCACGCAGGGGCGUUACGGCAGCUCCGACUGGGUCAGCGGCUACCUGCUGCUGUUCAGUGACACGGGACGAGCCUGGAAGCAGUACCGACAGGAGGACGGGGUGGGGAGGUUUGCAGGGAAUGUGAACGCUGACGGUGUCGUUCUUCAGAAGUUGUCCCACUCCAUCAGAAGCCGAUUCCUACGCUUUGUUCCCCUGGACUGGAACCCCAGUGGCUGGGUGGGACUCAGAGUGGAAGUGUACGGCUGUGCCUACAAAUCUUACGUGGCAGACUUUGAUGGCAGAAGCUCCUUGCUCUACCGGUUUAACCAGAAGUCUAUGAGCACGGUGAAGGAUGUGAUCUCGCUGCGCUUCAAGAGCCGCCAGGCUGAGGGGGUGCUGCUCCACGGUGAGGGUCAGAGGGGCGACUACAUCACUCUGGAGCUGCACCGGGGCAGGCUGGCCCUCUACCUUAACCUGGAUGACACCAGGCUGCGGUUCAGCAGCGGUCGUGUUGCGGUCACUCUGGGCAGUCUUCUGGACGACCAACACUGGCACUCGGUCCUCAUUGAGCGUUUCAACAAGCAAGUCAACUUCACUGUGGACUCCCACACCGAGCACUUCAGGACAAAGGGGGAAGGAGACUCUCUGGAGGUGGAUUAUGAGCUCAGCUUUGGAGGCAUCCCACUGCCAGGUAAACCUGGUACCUUCCUGAGGAAGAACUUCCAUGGCUGUAUUGAGAACCUCUACUACAAUGGGAUCAACGUCAUCGACCUAGCCAAGCGUCGCAAGCCUCAGAUCUACAGUGUGGGCAACGUGACCUUCUCAUGCUCGGAGCCCCAGCUGGUGUCCACCACCUUCCUGAGCUCCAGCAGCAGUUUCCUGUCGCUCCGGGCUAUGGCGUCCUCUUUGGGGGGCUUUGCGGUACGUUUCCAGUUCAGAACGUGGAACCCAGAUGGGCUACUGCUCUCCACCCGGCUCGCCCUCGAGCCCCAGCGGCUGGAGCUGCAGAUCAGCAACAGCCGGCUGCGCUUGACCCACCACACGUCAGCCCAGCAGAAAGAAGAGGUUUCCACCGGUCACAAAGUUAAUGAUGGACUGUGGCACUCUGUGAGUCUCAGCUCCCGAGGUCUCCAGGUCACCAUGACUUUGGACAACGAGCCGCCCUCUACCAUUGACCUGGAAGACCACAUGGAGGCAGGAGACCUCUACUUUGGAGGUUGUCCAUCCUCGUCCCCGGCUGACACAGGAUGUGAGAACCCCACGCUGGCAUUCCAGGGGUGCAUGCGUCUCAUCUCCGUCAACAGCCAGCCCGUUGACCUUAACCUGGUACGCCAAGGACGGCUGGGAAACUACAGGGAACUGCAGUUCAACACAUGUGGCAUCCAUGACAGAUGCCUGCCAAACUUCUGUGAACAUGGAGGACAGUGUUCCCAGUCCUGGAGCACCUUCUACUGUGACUGCUCUGGAACAGGAUACAAUGGGGCCACCUGCCACAACUCCAUCUACGAAGUGUCAUGUGAGGCCUACAGGCUGGCUGGCAGCUCCUCAGGCUACUUCUCCAUUGAUCCAGAUGGCAGUGGUCCUCUGGGGCCCACAAAGGUCUACUGCAACAUGACAGAGGACAAGGUCUGGACAGUGGUGACCCACAACAGCACUGAUCCAAUCAGGGUCCAGGGCUCCACACUACAGAAGCCUUACAUUAUGAAAUUCAACUACAGCGCCUCACCUGAACAACUGAUUGCCCUCGUGGCUGGGUCUGAGCAGUGUCAACAGGAAAUAGUAUACAGUUGCAGGAAAUCCCGCCUCUUCAAUACUUGGGAUGGCAGCCCCCUCUCAUGGUGGGUGGACCAGGCUGGGGAGAGACGGACCUACUGGGGGGGCUUUCUGCCGGGUGUUCAGCAGUGCUCCUGCAGCCUAGAGGAGAACUGCAUAGACAUGAACUACUUCUGCAACUGUGAUGCCGAUACAGACUCGUGGGCUAAUGACACAGGAGUCCUCUCUUACAAAGAGCACUUACCAGUGAGUGAGAUUGUGAUUGGAGACACCAACAGAACAUUCUCUGAGGCGCUCUACAGAAUUGGCCCACUGCGUUGUUAUGGUGACAAGUCUACGUGGAAUGCUGCGUCCUUCUACCAGGAGUCGUCCUACCUACACUUCCCAACCCUCCAGACAGAGCUCAGCGCUGACCUCUCCUUCUACUUCAAGACCAGCGCGCCCUCAGGUGUCUUCCUGGAAAACCUGGGCCUCAAGGACUUCAUUCGAGUGGAGCUCAGCUCUCCGUCUGUGGUGACGUUCUCCUUUGACGUGGGAAAUGGGCCAGUGAUCCUUGCCGUCAAGUCCCACGUGCCCCUGAAUGACAGGCAGUGGCACUACGUGAGGGCGGAGCGCAGCGUGAAGGAGGCCUCUCUGCAGGUGGACCAGCUGCCCCUGCGCUUCCUAGAAGCCCCGUCUGAUGGACACCUCCGCCUCCGGCUCAACAGCCAGCUGUUUGUGGGGGGAACGGCGGCCAGACAGAGGGGCUUCCUGGGCUGCAUCAGAACUCUGACUAUAAACGGUGUGACCGUUAACCUGGAGGAGCGCGCUAAAAUGACCCCGGGGGUGAGCCCUGGCUGCCCCGGACACUGCAGCAGCUCCAGUAGUCUCUGCCACAACAGAGGAAGGUGCGUGGAGAAGAACAGUGGCUACGUGUGUGACUGCUCCCAGUCUGCCUACAGUGGACCCUCCUGCAAGGAAGAGGUUUCUGUGUCAUUUGACAGGGAGUCGUCAGUGACUUACACCUUCCAGGAGCCUUUUUCUGUGAUGCAGAACAGGAGCUCUCAGGCCUCCAGUGUGUACAGAGAGAGCAGCAGAGCCAGAGAGAACAUGGCUUUCAGCUUCAUGACCACACAGAGCCCUGCUAUGCUGCUCACUGUCAGCACAUUCAGCCAGCAGUACAUAGCAGUCAUACUGGCACGCAACGGUAGUCUCCAGAUCUGGUACCACCUCCAUGUGGACAGGAGGCCAGAUGUGUUUAGCCCCAGGCCCACCAGCCUGGUUGAUGGACGGCUUCACCGAAUCAGAAUCCACCGUGAGGGAAAAGAUAUUUACCUACAGAUCGACCAGGACAUCCACAAAAAGUACACCCUGUCAUCUGAUGCAGAGUUGAUCUUAAUCAGAUCAUUGACUUUGGGCAAAGUCAUCGGAGGAGAGAAUUUUGAUGAGGAAGUGAUGCAGGCAGGAUCUAAAGGCUUCAUUGGCUGCCUGUCAUCAGUCCAGUUCAAUCACGUAGCUCCACUUAAGGCAGCCCUACUCAACCGUGGAAGCUCAUUGGUCAGUGUGCGAGGUCACCUGGAGGAGUCUAACUGUGGGCUGCUGGCUGACUCAACGACCUCACACCCACUCUCAGAUCAAGCUGCGAAAGCCGACAAAAAGAAGGAGAAGCAUGACAAUGACACCCGGCAUGAUUCUGCAGUAAUAGGAGGAGUGGUAACAGUGGUGGUCUGCUUCACUCUGUGCGCGGUGGCGGUUAUGACCCGUUUCCUGUACCGCCAUCGGCAGGGCCGGACAGACGCCAGCGUCAGUGAGAAGGAGCACCGACACAACCUGGAAACAGCCUACCGGAGAGAAACAGCCUACCAGGCUGAACCAGCCUAUCGGACUGAGCUCCACCUCAACAACAGCUCUUCUCUCAGGGACAACAGGGAGUACUACAUCUGACCACAGCGUUCAGCCAAGCCUUCUAGCCAUUGCUGCUUACCUCUCUUCUGUUUUGUCCAGCUGUCUGCACGGGAGGAGGCCCCAAGCCUUUUUCCUCGCUCCUCUGGGUAGAAACGAAGAAUUCCUUCUCCUUAAGGGAACCGUGGGAAUAUCCUUGGUGGGGAGCGUCUCUCCUUUUCUGUGUAGAUACUCUGUAGGACAUGACACAUAGUUGCAACGACGACGACCGCUCUGCUCACGAGUGCUAGUGAUGGGACAGGAAAACAGUGCCAUAAGAGAUUGCAAUACAAUGGACGUUUCCAGAGAUAAAAAUAAAAUAGAAAAUGUGGAUAGGUAUGAUAUCAUGGGAAAAGUAGGCAAUGUUAUGGGGAAAAGCCCCGUAGAGUAAAAGUUGGAUAGUGGCACUGUUUUGGUGGCUCAAUGGAUGUAUUAAGCCAAGAUUAAUCCCUUCCAAAGUUGGUGAGAAGAAGUAAUCAGUUCUGAUGCCGAGGAUGUAAGCAUAUAGGGCCCUAUUCAGACUUCAGAUAAGUGGACUUAUCUUGGUCAAAAUGUGAAAGGAAGUGGUUUGGGAAAUCAACUACAAGCGCUUAAAAAGUGGAAAAUAAGGCAGCAUAUAAAAAUGGGCGAAUUACCUGUUAAGUGAAGUGAUUUUUUCUCAAGUCUGAAUAGGGCAUAUAUGCAAUUAAUCUAUUUGAAACAACUAAGAAAAGGGACAGAAGGUUUCAAAAGGUUUCAAAUCUGAGAGAGCAGGGAAACUAUUCAGCCACCAUGUUAAUGGAAAUUACAGUCUAAGGCUGAUAUUAAUUUCAAUUUGCUUGUUUACUCCAUGUCUUUAUUUGCAAUAUUCAUCUCAUGCCCUCACUUCUUAUGCCCAAUUCUAGUUCUUUAUAAAGUACUGAAGACUAUUCUGUGACUAUUCUGUAAUUUGGCAAUGGAAAAAAUAUGUAUACUUAAAUAUGUAUAUGUAAAUUCUGCAGUCCAGGUAAAAUUUUAUAGAGCUUUAAUAUAAAAUACUUUUAAAACAGACAUACACACACACACACACACAAACACAUUCAGUAUGUGCGAAAAACAUAUUGUAAAUCAAGUAUUGUUUUACUGAUCUUGAUAAUGCUGAGAUUAAGUAGAAAUGUAUUCCACAGAAAGCAGACAAAUAAAUUCAGAUAUAAAGCAAUUUUAAAAUGACAUCAAUACAUGUACCUGAAAUGUUAGUUUUUUUACAUUAUUCUUUGAAAGAUUAAUUGAAAAUCAUUCUUUCUAUCCAAUAUUCUUGAGGUUUCUAAACUGUAACCCAGGAUGGAUUAUAUUGCUGCAAGUAAGGGUAAGUAAAAAUAAUCCAGCUAACUGGAACAUCUGCUACCUGUCCCCAGCAAACUUUCAUAUCCUACUCAAGUGGCUGUUGGCCAAUGGUCAGAGCAUUCUUCGAAGAUCCGCCAUAUACAAAGUUUUUGUCAUUCCUCAUGCUUUUCCAAGCUUUUUAAAACAUUUUUAUUGUUUGUUUUCCUCAGCAAACAUUUUGUUAUUCCACCUUUGAUCCUGGUCACACCUGAAUUUUAUACCUUCAUUAAUUGAUAUUUUUAAUGAAUUGCUUAAGUACUGAUUGAAGUCUACAGUAUACCUGUGUUAGAGCUACAUUAUAUAGAAAAUAGUAUCUACUGGUAAUGGGUACUGGGUAUUGAUGCUUAGCUUAGUUUUAUUUUCCUUAAAAAAUUGUGGAAAAGGAUCAUCAGCACUAAGUGCAAAUAACAAGGUUUGACAGUUUAUAGACAAUAAAAACAAACAAUAAAAACGAUUACGUGAGCAACAGUUCAUAAACACAUCACAAAUAAUAUGAUUGGCGUAAGUAUUGCCUAAAAACAUGUCUUUCAAAUUAAAGUGUCCUUGACAGCAAGUGAUGAUAAACCUCUGAGACUCGGAAAUCCUUUUUGUACUCAUGUUGAUAUUGUGGUUAUUUUGAGGGCCAAUUUUGUAUGGCUAUAAUUGUACAGCUAUAUUAUUAAUAUAUGUUUAAUAAA